AUGGCGGAGCAAAACAAGGCCAACGCUGCCAACAAGGCUGCCUUUGCUGCGAUGGAAGCACAACCCGAGACGAAAGCAGAUGAAGAUAACGAAGCGGAGCAUAGUGUCGUUGCACAACCCUCUUCCAGACGCCAAAGCCAGCACAAAAGGGCCGCUCAAGAUACCGAAGCGGUUGAGAAGUACAUGGAAGCGCAACCAAAAUCGAAGAACCUCUUGUGGAGCACCCUCAGCGGAGAGGCUCGCCGCCAACUCAGAGCAGCCAGUCGAGCAUUGGCAGACAAGAUCACAGAUCUGAGAGUGGAAGCAGGUGAGCUGAGAUUCGACGCUGGCAACCGGCCAGGCGAAGACGCUGAGAUCCUAGAGGCCAGAGCUGCCGAACUGGAUAUCGAACGGGGUCAAGCAGAGGCUUUGCAUAAAGCGCAGUUUGGUGGUGGACCUUGA